ACUCUAGUGAUAUCUGGAGCGUGGGGACCCCGUGGGACAUUACAAAAUUACAAAAACAACUCAGAGAGAGAAACUUGAAUAUAUUUUAUUUAAAAUAAAAAUUAUUUAUUUAUUUUAAAUGUUUUGACUAAAACUUCCAAGACUGACAAUUGAAAAAAAAUGUCGUCGAGUGAAGGCAUACCUCCGAAUCCUGCUCCUGCAGCGGCGAUACCACAGCCUCCUGGGUUCCCGACAGCAACUCCGGGUUUUGUAGCGCCCAUGAUACCCGCAGCGUCUUUUAUUCCACCGUCGCUUCACUCUACCUCUGGACCUACGGGUAUCAUACCUUCGCAGUACUCAAUUCCGCCCCCUGCGUAUGGGUUCCCGAUGGGUGCACCACCUCACCAUGUUCAUCAUCACGAAGCUGGUGUCAUAGCUCCACAAAUAACUCCAAGCGCGAUCGUAAAUCCAGUAGCACCAUCAGUAGCAGUUGAUCCUUCCGUACCAACAACAGUUCCAGUCAUAGCAGUUCCCGACUCAUCAGUACCAGCAACGGUAAAAAAAAGCGACUGGUCUGAACACAAAGCACCAGACGGCAGAACUUACUACUAUAACGCAACCACAAAACAAUCUUUGUGGGAAAAACCAGACGAAUUAAAGACUCCCAACGAACUUCUGUUGUCCCAGUGCCCCUGGAAAGAGUACAAAUCCGAAAAUGGUAAGAUCUAUUACCAUAAUGUCGCAACAAAAGAGUCAAGAUGGACAAUUCCAAGCGAAUUGGAAGACUUGAAGAACAAAAUUAUCGCUGACGAAGCGAACGCUGGUACCAAAUCAGCGCCAGUGAUUGAUGGAGACGCACCACUGCCGACUAGUAAGUCCAGCCAGGACAGUACCAAUGGUAAUAAAUCAGCUAUUGAUCAAGCCAUAGAAGCAACCUUAGCCGCCAUAGAUAUUCCCACGCCUCCGAAUACCAUUAGCACAACAACGGCUAAUUCAACAACAGCUGCCACCACUUCUAUUGCACCAUCCAGUAAAUUAGUAGCUGCAGAUGAGGACAGCAAUAAUUCCGCCAAGGGUUCUGCUAAUGGAGCCAGUGGUGCUGGGAGUCGCACAAGCACUCCAGAACCUAAAUUGCAGUUCAAAGACAAGAAGGAAGCGAUCGAAGCUUUCAAAGAACUUCUCAAAGAACGCGAUGUUCCUUCUAACGCUACCUGGGAGCAGGCCGUAAAAAUGAUCCAGAACGACCCUCGGUAUCCGCAAAUGAAGAAGCUGAAUGAGCGUAAGCAGGCCUUCAACGCCUACAAGACCCAGAAGCUGAAGGAAGAACGAGAGCAGGAGAGACUAAGACUCAAGAAAGCCAAGGAAGACCUUGAACAGUUUUUGCUAGACAACGAAAAGAUGACUAGUUACACUAAGUACUACAAGUGCGAAGAAAUGUACGGCGGGUUGGAAAUAUGGCGCGCUGUUGGUGACCCAGACCGACGCGAUAUCUAUGAAGAUGUUGUCUUUAAUCUGGCCAAGCGUGAGAAAGAGGAAGCUAAACAGCUGAAGAAGCGGAACAUCAAGAAGCUGGCCCAGGUCUUGGAUACUAUGACUGAUGUUACUUAUCGCACAACCUGGCAAGAAGCACAAGCUCUGCUGCUGCAGUACUCGCCUUUUGCAGAAGACGCCCAUCUGCUGGAGAUGGACAAGGAGGACGCUCUCCAGGUCUUUGAUAACCAUAUAAGGCAGCUGGAGAAGGACGAGGAGGAGGAAAAGGAGCGCGAGAAGAAAAGGAGAAAACGCCAGGAGCGGAAAAAUCGUGAUGGGUUUAUUAGUUUGCUUGAUGAACUUCAUGAACAAGGGAAGCUUACUUCUAUGUCGCUCUGGGUGGAGCUGUAUCCCAUGCUGUCGGCUGAUCUUCGGUUCUCGACGAUGCUCGGGCAACCUGGCUCCACGCCGCUGGAUUUGUUUAAAUUUUAUGUCGAGGAUUUGAAGUCUAGGUUCCAUGAUGAGAAAAAGAUCAUUCGUGAGAUACUCAAGGACAAGGGCUUUGAUGUUCAGGUUAACACUACGUUUGAAGAAUUUGCAACUGUCGUGUGUGAGGACCGCAAAUCGGCGACUUUGGAUGCUGGGAAUGUCAAGCUUACUUACAAUUUGCUCCUGGAGAAGGCCGAGGCAAGGGAAAAGGAACGGGUUAAAGAAGAAACUAAGAAAUUCAAGAAACUGGAGGCUGCUUUUAAAACUCUGCUGAAGAGUCUACCGGUUGACUAUCAGAUGAGCUGGGAAGACGAUGUCAGGCCCAAGAUUGAAGACUCCGGUGAUUUCAAAGCUAUUGGAAGCGAGAGCGAGAGGCUGAGGAUAUUCAAGGAGUACCAGCAUGAGCUGGAAGAAAGCUGCAGUCAUCACCACAUCAGGAGCAAGAAGAAGAAACCUAAGAAGGUCAAGAGGAAGUCCAGGUCCAGGAGUCCUUACAGUGAACAGUCUGCUGCUAAUGAUGAUAAUGAACGGGGGAAGAAAAAGAGGAUGAAGUCCAGGUCGCUGAGUGUCCAGAGCAAGUCUGAUGACAGCUCGGAAUCCACUGCUGAAAGCAGCAGCAAGAGGUCCAAGCGGCCCAGAAAGAGCAAGAAGAAACGCGCUCGAAGUCAUUCUAGGUCCCAUUCUCGGAUGCCGUCUUCGGAGGAAGACACGCCACCCAGCGAGCGCAAGAGGAAGGAAGAAAAACGGGCCAGGUCAGGCUCUGCGGUUGCUGCUGCUAUUGAAGCUCCUGCUAAUGGUGGGCACAAGGAAGUGUCUCAACAUCAGGAACUUUCUGAAGAUGAGUUGGAGAACAAACGCGCUCAAUUGCUGAGGGAAUUACAAAUGCAGCAGGAAGACAAUUAAAUUUGUAUUUAUAAAUAAUUAUCAUGUCAUGGAAGAUGUUUUUUUUUUAUCAUGCUCAUCUUUAAUUAUUAGAUGUCAAUAAAUUUAAUUAUUAA